AUGCCUAAAGGCACAUCAAGAAGAGCACUAACGCAUCCUAUCAAUUUUCCAACAGUACUUGAACAUUUGCCUAAUGAAAUAAUCAUCUCCAUUUUUUCAUAUCUCACCGGCAUUGAUUUGGUAUUAGCCUUUGCCAAUCUCAACUCUCGUUUUCAUUCCCUGACGAAUCAAUACGCUUACUUCUUUGAUUUCAAAUCCAUCAGCAAGACGAAAUUCGAUUUUAUAUUUGCUCAACAGCAGACUAACCGCUCAUGGAAAUCCUUACAAAUUUGUAAUAAUAAGGACGAAACACCUGGACAAAUUCAAUACUUCUGUAAAUUCCACUCUCUGGCCAAUACUUGUCCCCAACUACAAUCCUUAUCUCUCCUGGAUAUUCAAGAUAUUUACAAGAACGAGGAUUUACUGGUUCAAUUAUUAUCAUGUACACCCAAUCUUCAAUCAUUGACAGUCAAACCCAUAUGUGCGACGAUAUUAUCACAAUUCCAGCCAUCACAAUUGAAACGAUUAGUGAUACAUUCAUGCAGAAAUCUCGUAUGGAUGACCGAAUUACGUCAACUGGAAAACCUUGAAUACACGACAGCUGAUGUUGAUUGCACUUGUGCAGCAGUAUUCGCAUGGCCAUUGUCAUUAGAACGAUUACAAGUGAUCUUCACAAGAAAUGAAGAUCUUCGCAUGUUACAAAGUUCCUUUGUUCACUUGUCUCAAUUGACAGUUCUCGAAAUUUAUCAGAAUGCACAGAUACCAGUAUCAGCAUCUCAUACAAUUGGUGAAGUAUGGCAACAACUAAUUAGUUCAUGUUUUCCACUGCUUCGAGAAUUUCGAUUUUACUUUUAUUUGCGGCUUAUGAGCACAGUGGAAUCAAUAACGCAAUCGUUUUCAACACCGUUCUAUUUAUUGGAAAGAAGAUGGUUCGUUCGUUGUGAGAAGUUUAGUGAAUACUCGACAUACACGUAUAGUAUGGAUUAUAAUGCUUACGCAUCUCUUUAUUCAUUACCAUUACUUUUUCAACCUUCGAUAACGAUGAUAAAUGGAUUCUGUGUUACUUCAAUAUCUUCAACAUUACCAAAGGAUUUAAACAAUGAUUUAUUAUACCCGAAUCGAUUCAGUAAUACGAAAAAUUUGGUGUUAGAUAGAAAUCCUACAUAUUUAGACGAAAAUUUUCGUCACAAUAACCUUACUCACUUAACUGUAAGAAAUUCUUUCGCAUCACAUGAAUGGAUGCAAGUUCUAACUAAACUACGUCAGCUGUCACUGACUAAAAACGCGCGAAUAUCGUCGGACUCGUUCCACUAUCUGUUAGACCAUGCACCAGAAUUGGAUACAUUGGUUAUCGACUGUAAUUUAUUGCAAAUAUUAACGGAUAGUUGGACUCAUACGGCUAUAUGUGAUCAUUUAUCGAAGAAAAUUCGUCACUUGAAAUUUCAUUCAGCUAACAAUGCAAGGGAAUGUUUCAACAAACAUAAACUAAGUGGAAUGUUGCCUGUCUUUGCUUCGAAGUGUGAACAUUUAUCUUUAUCGAUUCAAUCCAAACUUGAUCUCGUCAUUAUGACACUGAAGCGAAUGAAAAGACUGCACAGUUUGCAUGUUCAUAUGUCCGAAAAAGAGCAUUUACCGAUGACAAUGGAUUGGUUCGAUGAACAUAAGACAAAAUUCAACUAUUGGAGUAGUUUCCUUGUGCGAGAAGAUCAAGAUUACUAUUUUUGGUUAUCGAAACGUAUUUGA